GUGUAACUGAAGCUCGGCUCGGUUCUGCUCCGCUCCGCAGCGGCUCGGCGGCGACCCCGGGACCAGGACACCGAGGGCCGGCAGGGCUCCGCGCUGCUGCCGGUUAGAGGAGGCGGAUCUCCGCGCUCAGCUGUCAGACGCUCAGCGUGUGUUUUUACGUUUUUACGCGUUUAAUCCAACGACGUUAUUUGUGAUGACGACUUUUUUCACGGUUUACGCGUUUUUUUGUGCGCGUUGUGCGCGCGCUGCCAGCUCCUGGGCUUUCAGAGGGAUUUUAGAGUGUUAGUCUCUGAUGCUUCUGCUGUGUUUUUUAUAUCGUGUGAACGUGAAAGACAAGGUUUUGUGCGCGUUGUUUUCGGGGGACGCGUUUUCUCCCUGCGCUGAGAGACUUUAUCUGGAUGGAGUUGCGCUUUACUGCGCGGACAAAGGAUACGAUAUCUCUGACAGUUUUAUUGGCGCGCGCUACAACUGAAGAAACUAAGUAACCAGCAGCUGUAAUGUUAUUUCCGUGUGCGCGGAAAUAAGCAGAAGAGGAAAGAAGCUGAAAAACGCGCUAAAUCAGCGCAAACUCGGGAGUUUUGCAGCUUUUCUGCUGGAGAAGAAGAUCAGGAAGGAGUGGAGAAGAUCUGGAUUAUUCUAAGAUCUAAACUCGAGCAGAAGGACAGCAGGUCUUUGAUCAUCGUAUCGGCUGGUGAUGAAUCAGAGGGUAGAGGAGUAGAGAAUCCUCCAGUCCAGUCUGUCCAUCACUGCGUUUAAAGGAAGGGGAUAUAAAUGCCGGGGCUGGCGGCGGAUGAGGGUGAGCAGCGGGUGGUCUCCAGACGUUCAGUCUAGCUCAUCAUGCCCUCGUCUACACGGAAAGGAGCGGCGAAAGACCCCGAGCUCUCCAGCCUCUUCUUUAAAGAUGACCCCGAGGAAGUCUUCUGUGACCUCCACGAGAUCGGCCAUGGGAGCUUCGGCGCCGUUUACUUCGCCCGAAACUCCUACUCUAACGAGGUGGUGGCCAUCAAGAAGAUGUCCUACAACGGCAAGCAGACCACGGAGAAGUGGCAGGACAUCAUUAAGGAGGUUAAGUUUCUGGAACAGCUGAGACACCCGAACACCAUCGAGUAUAAAGGCUGCUAUCUGAAGGACAACACUGCCUGGCUGGUCAUGGAGUACUGUUUAGGCUCCGCCUCUGAUUUAUUAGAGGUUCAUAAGAAACCACUGCAAGAGGUGGAAAUUGCUGCCAUUACCCACGGUGCCUUGCUAGGACUGGCUUACCUGCAUUCCCACAACAUGAUCCACAGAGAUGUUAAAGCGGGGAACAUCCUCCUCACUGAGCCGGGUCUGGUUAAACUGGCUGAUUUUGGCUCCGCCUCCAUGAGCUCUCCAGCCAACUCAUUUGUUGGGACUCCGUACUGGAUGGCUCCAGAGGUGAUCUUAGCGAUGGAUGAGGGUCAGUAUGAGGGGAAGGUGGACAUCUGGUCUCUUGGGAUCACCUGCAUAGAGCUGGCCGAGCGAAAGCCUCCUCUGUUUAAUAUGAAUGCUAUGAGUGCCUUAUACCACAUCGCCCAGAACGACUCCCCCACACUGCAGUCCAAUGAGUGGUCGGACGCGUUCCGGAGCUUCGUUGACUACUGCCUACUAAAGAUACCUCAGGAUAGACCCUCCUCAGCAGAACUACUGCGGCACGAUUUUGUUCGUCGAGAGCGCCCCCCGCGGGUUCUCGUGGACCUCAUCCAGAGAACGAAGGAUGCGGUUCGGGAGCUGGAUAACCUGCAGUACCGUAAGAUGAAGAAGAUCCUGUACCAGGAGAAACACAACGGACCAAUGGGAGAGUCCCAGGAGGAGGAGGAGGAUGGUGAUGGUGCUGGGUGUAAGGGAAAUAGUCUGGGCAGUAAUCACUCAGUUCCGAGUACGUCGGUCAGUACGGGGAGUCAGAGCAGCAGUAUUAACAGUCUGCAGGAAUGUCCUGAUGACUCCUGCUCUGACCUGCUGCACCCUGAGUACGACUCCACCCUCGAGUCUUCCACACAUCACAAGAAGGAUCAUCAGUAUAUUCGUGAGGAACAUCGAUCUGACCUGAGACCGUCUUCAUCAGACCGAGCUCAGGCCCGGAACUACAAGAACCGCGAACGCUUCGCUACAAUCAAAUCAGCAUCACUCGUGACGCGUCAGAUCCACGAGCAUGAGCAGGAGACGGAGUUGCGAGAGCAGAUGUCGGGGUAUAAGCGAAUGAGACGGCAGCAUCAGAAGCAGCUGAUCGCUCUGGAGAAUAAGCUGAAGGCGGAGAUGGAUGAACACCGGCUGAAGCUGCAGAAGGAGGUGGAGACUCAGGCCAACAACGCCUAUAUCGAGCUGGAGAAACUCGCCAAGAAACACGCCAUCCACACCGACAAGGAGAUGAAGACGACGGCGGCGGAUGAGAAGAAGUUCCAGCAGCAGAUUUUGGCUCAGCAGAAGAAGGAGCUCACCAACUUCCUGGACAACCAGAAGAAACAAUACAAACUCUGCAAAGAGAAGAUCAAAGAGGAGAUGAACGAGGACCACAGCACUCCUAAGAAGGAGAAGCAGGAGCGUCUCUCUAAACACAAGGAGAACAUGCAGCACUCUCAGGCUGAGGAGGAGGCGCAGCUCCUCGGCCAACAGCGGCUUUUCUACGACCGGAACUGCAGAGCCUUCAAACGCAAAGUCAUGACCAAGAGACACGAGUUCGAGCAGGAGCAGCUCCGAGAGGAGCUGAAUAAGAAGAAGACUCAGAAGGAGAUGGAGCACGCAAUGCUGAUCAGACACGACGAGUCGACUCAGGAACUGGAGCACCGGCAGCUGAAGACCCUCCAGAAGCUCCGCAUGGACCUGAUCCGCCUCCAGCACCAGACCGAACUGGAGAACCAGAUCGAGUACAACAACCGGCGCGAGCGAGAACUUCACCGCAAACACGUCCUGGAGCUCCGGCAGCAACCCAAGAACCUCAAGGCGAUGGAGCUGCAGAUAAAGAAGCAGUUUCAGGACACCUGUAAAGUCCAGACUAAGCAGUACAAAGCCCUGCGGCACCACCAGCUGGAGGUCACGCCCAAGAGCGAACACAAGACCGUCCUGAAGGCCCUGAAGGAGGAGCAGACCCGCAAACUCGCCAUCCUGGCCGAGCAGUACGAGCAGAGCAUCAACGAGAUGAUGGCCUCGCAGGCGCUGCGUCUGGACGAGGCUCAGGAGGCGGAGUGUCAGGCUCUGAGGCAUCAGCUGCAGCAGGAGAUGGAGCUGCUGAACGCCUAUCAGAGUAAAAUAAAGAUGCAGACGGAGGCGCAGCACGAGCGCGAGCAGCAGAAACUCGAGCAGAAGGUCUCACUGCGCCGAGCUCACCUGGAGCAGAAGAUCGAGGAGGAGCUGGCUUCUCUUCAGAAGGAACGUACGGACCGGAUCAAACACCUGCUGGAGCGUCAGGAACGCGAGCUGGACGCCUUCGAUAUGGAGUCUCUGAGGAUGGGCUUCGGGAACCUGGGGGCUUUAGACUACCCUAAAGACGACUACAGAUGAGACCCGGUCCUGGAUCCGGUCCUGGAUCCGAAUCCUGGGUCCUGGAUCCGAAUCCUGGAUCCGGUUCCGGUUCUGGCUCCCGGGUCCUAUAUUUGGUCCUGGUUCCGGCUCUGGAUCCGGUUCCGAUUCCGGCUCCGAUUCCGGCUCCUGUUCCGACUCCAGUCCCGGCUCCAGUUCCGGUUCUGACUAGGUUCUUUUCUUUUUUAAACACUUUUAUCCUCUACUCUUUUUAUGUUUUUUGCUACUGACAACUGAAACAGACUCCACCCACUUUUUGUCUCCGGACCAGUGCCUGCACAGGCCUGUUCAUCGGGCCCUCCCCCUCGUCACGCCACAAGAUUACGACAUGCUGGAAAACCUCCUCAGCUCCGGUUUUAUAUCUAUAAUCUAUAAUCUAUAUAUGAGUAUUGCGUUUAGCGAAGAUGAAACCAUGUCACCGUGUUGAUGUCCGUGAUUUUCUCGUGAUAACACUUUUGAUGUGAUUCCAAUCGAAAUAGAGAUUUAGAGACGACAAAAAGCAAUACGUAUGUGUGUGAUGUCUGUCGGGGGGCGGGGUUACAGAGUUACGGAGUUAGGGGGUUUUGGUAUUGCUACUGUUAAUCUGUUCACACACGAUUUCUUCGCUUUUAACUGGAAAAUAAUUUUCACAGGUGGGGAUAAAAACGUUUUUUGGUUUUUACCUUUUUUUUCAGUUUUUCUUCCACAGUCUAAAGCUCUGUUUAGAUGGGAUUAUGUGUUAGUUUUACCAGGGGGAGGUGGAGUAAUGUUAGAGUAAUGUUAGAGUAAUGUUGGAGUAAUUUUAUAAUUUUAAUACAGAAGGUCACAUUUUAUUACAUAAAAAAUGUACGACCAAUUCCUACAGGAUUAGACGUUUCAGUUUAAUAGACAGAGAUGGGAGCGGCUACUCGAUUUAUGCACUUUUUCGGCAUCUUCUAAACAAGACGUAUAAAAUCCUAUAACAUACUUGUUGUAUGAAAUUUUGCUUAAUGAGAUUAAAGGUUAAAAUAGCAGCGACAUGUUUAUAAAGCUUAAAAGCUGACAUACGUAUUUGAUAUUUUAAAUAUUGCAUUUUGUAUAUUUGAAUUAAAUUCAUCUGACCACUGAUAAGCUUGAAAUAUUAGAUAUUUUAAAUUAAAAUUAAAAGUUCAAUAAAAACUGUCUUCCAGAUGUUUCAACUCUGAUUUAAAAAUUAGAUUUAAAUUAAUAGAUCAGAUUUUUUUUAUACUCUGACAUUUUAUAAACCUGAUAAUUUGUGGAUUUCAUUUCUUUGAAAUUCAGAACACACAAAAAAAGUUAAAAUUCAAGUUUAAUAAAAGUAUAAAUUACACCUUUAAAUAUUUCAAGUUUAUCGAUUGUCUUGGAUAUUAAAUAUAAUUUAUAGUAUUUAAAAAAUUCCGAUUCAAACAGUAAAGGCCUCUUUUAAGUCUUAAUACUAGUGUUUGUUCAUAGCACUUAUGUAAGUUAUCCGCUACGCUACACAAUGAUUAGCCUAAACGCAACACACACACAAAAAAAAAAAACACGUAAAUAAAUAAAUAAAUAAAUAUAUAAGUAUUUUCCCACAUUGACCUUAAUGUUAAUUGGUACGAUUUUUUUGUUUUGUUUUGUUUUACGUGAAAAUGAUCAUAAAAUGUAUAUAUAUAUAUAUUCAAUUACAUUACACUGCUUCCCCACAUGUUAUGCAAAAGCUAGCGCUAACGCUAAUGCUAAUGCUAAUCCCAUCUGGACAGGACUUUAGACGUACGUAUUGCUGCUGAGUCUCUCCAUUCGGUAUUCAGUAUUAGAUAUUUGGUAUUUGGUAUUCGGUAUUUGUAUUUAUUCACCAAAUUGAAAUAAAUACAAACAAACAAAAAUUUGAUACAGUUUUAAAUAUUAAUUUGAUGUACAUAUACUUGAUACCUGCGUGUGCGAGCCGGAGAUUCGUACGGUAAACGUCGUCGCCGUUGGGUUUCGUCGGGCGAAACUCGCUGCGUUUCCUCUGUAUAAUAAUAACCUCCAGUGAGGUCAGAAAUGUGAAUAUUAAUAAUAAUAAUAAUAAUUCAUACGUUUAUGAUGAAUCCUCGCUUCUGGUACUACUAGCACAAAGGGCUCCGGGGGGCGGGGUUACGUGAAUUUUAUGUGUAGAAGGCUUUAUGGAAAACUUCGACUUAUUUUCCUAUUGUAUUUUAACGUAGAUUUUUUUAUGAUGUCGACCGAUUGACCACACCCCCUUCGAAAAUGUUUGAAGACGAACAUUUUUCCGUCAUCUCGUUUUUUUGUUUAAUUUUUGUUUUGUUUUUUUGCUUUCUCAAGCUGUGUAUUUUUCUUACGACGAGAAUCAAGAAUUCCUGUGAAUAUUAAUAAUAAUAAAAACUGCUUUACUGUUUGCAUGCACUUUAAAAGAAUUUUGUUUUCAGGUUGAAGAAAGGCAUGAUUUGUCAUAAAUGCUUUUAAUUAUUGUAAAUAAAUAAAGUGCUCACAACACAGA